GCGUGCGCCCGCGCGGAGGUUCCGGUUCCGGGGCGCACGAGAAGAUGGCGGCGGCCGAUGAGGAAGCGGAGGCGACGGAUUGGGCGCUGCCGCCGGAGGUGGAGGUGCUGGAGUCCAUCUACCUGGAGGAGCUGCGGGUGGCUCGGGGCCGCGGCAGGUGGGAGCCCUGGGAGAUCGGCAUCACCCUGCACCCCGCCACGGCCCAGGACCAGGACUCGCAGUACGUCCGCUUCACCCUGAUGCUCUCCGUGCCCCCACAGUAUCCCAACAAAGCUCCGGAAAUCUCGAUCAGGAACCCGCGGGGACUGUCAGAUGAGCAAAUUCAAAAGAUCUCCCAGACCCUCAGAAGUGUUGCUGAAGCCAGGCUUGGGACAGAGGUGCUCUACGAACUGAUUGAGAAGGGGAAGGAGAUUCUCACUGACAAUAACAUUCCUCAUGGCCAGUGCGUCAUCUGCCUGUAUGGAUUCCAGGAGAGAGAAGCCUUCACAAAGACCCAGUGCUACCACUACUUUCACUCCCACUGCCUGGCCCGCUAUGCCCAGCACAUGGAGGAGGAGAUCCUCAUGCAGCAGGAGGAGAGAGAGCAGCACCUGGAGCCUUCCCCUAGACAGGAAGUCGGCGUGCAGUGCCCUGUCUGCCGUGAGACCCUGGUUUAUGAUCUUUGCGCUCUGAAGGCGGCACCAGCCCCACAGCAACCCCUGGAGCUAUACAGGCCAGAUGCCAAGACGCUGCAGCACCAAGAAGAACUGCGCUUAAUUUUCAAGAGACAGCAAGAGAAAGGCGGCAUCAUUGACCCUGAAGCAGAGAGGAACCGUUACUUCAUCAGCCUCCAGGCGCCUCCAGCUGCUGUUGAUCCACGCCAAGCUGCCUCUGAGCCACUGGUGAGUGCAAGCACUGUGGAUGUGCCCCAGCUGCCCAGCCAAGCCUCUGCUCCUGAGCCAGCUGGAGCACCAGGGGCCAGGGCAGACCCUGGGCAGCCCAAGAGGGCUACUGUGCCCAGGGAGCAACAGAGCAAGAGGGAGAGGCACAGAGGGGAGAGGCCAGGCCCCAGGGGCCAGGGCAGGCAGUCAGGCAGCAGCUUGCAGGAACCGGCAGAGGAAGUCUGUCAUCCGCUCCACGGCCCCAGGGGGCCAAGGGCCUUCAGCCGAAGACCAGAGCAGAAACCUGGUGGGAGGCACAGCCAGGAGUUUCCAAAGUCUCACAGCAGAAGCAGAGAUGCUGCCCUGGCUGAAAGAAAGGAGUUGUGCCCUGAGGAUCCCUCACCAGUAACAGAGGCAGUGGACUUGAAAGAGGAGCACCACGAUGUGGAAAGAUGGACCCUGGAGGAGGGGGCUGAGGCCCAGGGCAGGGAGAAGGAGAACGAGAACCUGGUGUUCAACCGCAGUGACCACAGAGUAGCUCCCAGCUGGCAGGGCCACCACAGGCCCUGGGGUUGCAGGAGGUGGGAGAGGUCCAGGGUCCAGGACCGUGGUUCCCACCCCAGGUCACCAAGAGGGCGGGGGUUGCUCAGGCCCAGUGGGCAUCGAGAAGCCCAUCUCCUGGAGAAGGAGAGUGGCUCCUAGCAGGAGGGGUGGGGGGCUGGGCUGGGGAGGGCUGGUUUUGGGGAGAACAGUGGAGGCUCUGGUGGAGCAGUAGCAAGCCCGGGAAGCAGUAGCUUCAGGAAGGAGAAGCAGUUGGCAUGUGGCACAGCUUGGGGCAGGCAGAGUCUUCAGGGUACGUGUGGCAUGAAGCAUCCUGGCAUAAGCAAGUGGCUGGUGCCAGCAUUGGAGAAGCUGACUCCUGACAGGCUAUGUCAGCCUUGGUCUUAGAGGACCCAAGGUACAGAGGAAGCCUUGACCAGGGACAUGCAGCCAUCAUCCCUGUGUGUGAGCUGCCAAGAAAUGUGCACACCUACAGAGCAAAUGGACUGAGCCCAGUGUCGUGCCACAGCAGAGCCAGAGUUGUGGCAGGACCUUUCACUGGAAGACAGUGUCCCGGCAGAGCUGUGGUGGUGCCAAGUGAUAAGGCUGUGCCAGGACAGCAGCCUGGAGUUCAAGUUUGCUGUGUCCCCCAUUACAUCUCAGAGCACCUUCUCAACUGCUGUCCCUGUCCCUUGGAGACAACAUCGCUUCUACCACAGCCCUGAUCAUUGUGUGGCUGAUGGGCUCAGCCAGGCAAGUCCUUUGUACAACAGGACAUUUCCCAGGCCCAGCCAGGACAGCUAAAAUAAGCCUGAGUCAACACAUUGGCAAGCUGGGGCUGUCUGGUGGCUGAGCCUUCAGGCUGGCUCCUGCUCCCUCAGGAAGCCCAGAUUUAGCUGGAGCUCCUGCCUUGUCCUUCAGCUGCUUUUGUGCAGGCAGAAGCUGAUGGGGGAGACCUGGGAAGAGCACUCCGCUCUGCCACGUCUGUCUGUGCAGAUCUCCCUAACGCCAGACCAUCUCCCAGACCUCCCGGCAGCCUGCAGUUGAAGACAUGCCUCAGUACUUCAGAUACUCUUACCUGCCUUUCAUCUUGAAGCUGAUCUUGCUUCAAAGAAACAAUUUGCUGUUUAAACUCACUUGGUGCAGUUCCUUCUGCUGCUGCUUCAGAUUUAAACUUUGUCUUACUCCAAAGCCACGAUGGGUGAUCCCAAGCCUCUGAAGUGGGAUACCGCUAUUAAUCUGGUGGGUCUUCUCCAGACCCUGCUCCAUUUGUUUUCUCUGCCCUUUUGCUCCUGUUCUUUGCUGUUUGGAGCAAAGGUGUUGAUCCCUGGUGUUGCUCCCUCAUCUCCCUCCUCCGCACACCUGGGGCCAGGGCAGAGACCUUCCCCUGGCACCCCUGUGUGGCAGGAGGCCUCCCCACUCCCUGCUUUGCCCACCCUGGUGUAAGCUGUCUGGCUCACCUGGGCAGUACCAAUUCCUUUACACUUGUUUGUGCCUUGUGCCCCAGCCUCUCUUGGCCACACAUGGGUUGUUACUGUCUUCCUCCUCCUGCAGAGUGCAGAAAUGGCUGUGCUGCGAUGGACUUGCCAGAGCCUCAGGCAAGAUCCCUGGGAAACCAAGUGCUGUGUGCCAGCUGGGAGGGUAUUUGUGCUGCAUCUGUCUGGUUGAUUCUUUGCACAUGAAGGUUGCACAAAAGGCCUCUCUUGAAUGGGUCUUCCUCACCUGCUGCCCUGCUCUCCAAGCCUGGCCUUGUUCUGAAGGGUUGGUUUAACCCACUGCCCAAGAACCUUCCGUGCUUAAAUUUCCAACAAUGGCCUAUUUUCCUAUUUUUAACACUAAUGCUCUAAAAGCGUAUUUUUUUUCUCUCGUUGGUCUGAAUCUACACUACCUGUCCUGGGUUUGGGGAUCUGAGAGCCAGACGUCGUGCCCUGCUGGGGAUGAGGGCUGAGCACUCACUCCCUGAAGAGUGCCCUCAUUUUUUUUAGUGCUCGUUCUGUCCUGGUUCCAGCUGGUUUCUGGGUGAACAGCCUGGCCGCACUUCAGUGAAAACAUGUAAACUCUAUCUGACAUUGGCGCUUGUUCUGCUGCCUCCUGCCUUCACCUGUGAAAUGGCUGUGCUCCAAGAAAGGCAUUUGGUCAAGUCUUGAAAGAAACACAGAGAUCUCUGCCCCUUGCAGCAGAUGACACUGAAGCUCCUUGGCUUCUUCCAGUGAGCCAGGCUUACUCUCAGCAGGAAGACUGCUGUGCCAAGUGUUUGGAACAUGGGAAUUCAGCCAUGGAAAUCAGAGCGAGCAAGAAGCUGGGUAACUUCAGUCAAAUGCCAGAUGUGUUAAGAGGGGAGGGUUUUUUCCUGGGAGUAAGGAUUUCAGGAUGCCCACACCUCUCUGACUCACUGCUGUCAGCCUGGGGCAGAGGACAUUUUGCAACAGCACAUGGAAAAGAAUUUGGGCUAAACAAAUCAAACCUCUGGGUCAGAAGGGAAGAACAGAGCCUGCACCCUGCCCUGCGGCUCCUCACUUGGUGUCCACCUGUGUCACCCACCUACCUCACAGGGCUGUUGUGAGGCUUAACUGGCAAAAGCAACUCAGGCUGGACAGAAGGCAGCAGCAUCUGUAGCAUUAACACUAUUAAAAGCAGAGUGACAGAU